AUUACCCAUGAUUCCACACAACACAUUCCGGAAGUCAGUACUGUCGAUGCGGAACUGAUGAAGAGAGUAAAUAAAAAAUAUCUGGCAGACUGCGCUUCAUCUGCAUUUAUAUAAAAGCUGCGACAAUGACAAACGUGUACUCUUUCGACGGAAUUCUUGUAUUUGGACUUCUGUUCAUUUGCACGUGUGCAUACCUGAAGAAAGUCCCUCGUCUAAACGGUUGGCUCUUGUCGGAGAAGAAAGGAGUCUGGGGAGUGUUUUAUAAAGCUGCAGUGAUAGGAACACGGCUCCAUAUUGCAGUGGCAGUGUUGUGUUUGAGUAUGGCGUUUUACCUGAUUUUUCUGAAAUGACCUGGAUGGAUCAGUCUUAUAGACACUGGACUGUUGAAUGCCAAAAGAAAUGUAGUGGUGGCAGAUAUUGCCGGCUACUGGUGAAGAUGUACUCCGCCUGCCCCACAAUGUUGGUAGAAGCUUGAUUUAAGAACUUUGCAUUUUGUAAAUGUUUAAGUUAAGAUUAGAGUUUUGGGAAUUUGGUCAUAGAUCAAGAUAAAUGUUUUUGGAAAUGAUGUGAAAAGCAACUUUUCAAGGUUAAGAAGCUUCUGCUUAGGGAUUCAGAGUUCACUUGUGUACAAAGAAUUGUCUAUGUUAUGUUUUCUCACAAAUUAAAGUUUAAUUUGGGUUUAUAGGGGUAAUUUGAAAAAGCUUAAAAACGUUAGGAAAACGGUUAUCUUGUAAAUUGUUCAUGACUUUCUUUUAUCAAAAAAGUAGAUGUGCUUUUAUGGUUUUGUAUAAUGUCAUGCACAGCUUAUGCCAUUUUCCAAGUGACUCCAAAUAUUUAUCACAAAGAUGCACAAGAUGUGGAAUUGCUGCUGUUUGCAACACAGGAGAACAGUUCUUAUGUAAACAUUUUAAAAAGACUAAAUGAAAAUUGAAUCGAAAAUUGAAAUAGAAUAUUGAGAAUACCGAAUAUUGACUGGGCUUAAAAAAACAUUACAAUAUACAUAAAUCUCAUCUCUCAGAUACUCUCAUUAAUGCAGAUACAUAUAUAUUGUUUAUGGAACAUGUUGCGUUAAAGAUGAGAAUGUAAACACUAAACAUUAAAUUAUCAUUCAUUA